ACAGCAGGGCAUAGACUUCUCUUGUCUUGGUUGGAUGCACAAAUCUGUGUGCAGUGCUUUUUGCCCGUUGCCUAGACGAUCACUUGGUUUCUCUGAGGAUGUCUGGUUCUCGUAAAGAGUUUGAUGUGAAGCAGAUUUUGAAAAUCAGAUGGAGGUGGUUUAGCCAUCAAGCAUCAUCUAACUCUACAGUUGACAGCCAGCAGGGAGAAUUUUGGAAUCGAGGACAGACUGGAGCAAACGGUGGGAGAAAGUUUUUAAAUCCAUGUAGCCUACAACUGCCUUUGGCUUCAAUUGGUUACCGAAGGUCCAGCCAACUGGAUUUUCAGAAUUCACCUUCUUGGCCAAUGGCAUCCACCUCUGAAGUCCCUGCAUUUGAGUUUACAGCAGAAGAUUGUGGCGGUGCACAUUGGCUGGAUAGACCAGAAGUGGAUGAUGGCACUAGUGAAGAAGAAAAUGAAUCUGAUUCCAGUUCAUGCAGGACUUCCAACAGUAGUGAGACGUUAUCAUCCUGCCAUACUAUGGAGCCAUGUUCAUCAGAUGAAUUUUUCCAAGCCCUUAAUCAUGCUGAGCAAACAUUUAAAAAGAUGGAAAACUAUUUAAGACACAAACAGUUAUGUGAUGUAAUUCUAGUUGCUGGUGAUCGCAGAAUUCCGGCUCAUAGGUUGGUGCUCUCCUCGGUCUCAGACUAUUUUGCUGCCAUGUUUACUAAUGAUGUCAGGGAAGCAAGACAAGAAGAAAUAAAAAUGGAAGGUGUUGAACCAAAUUCACUAUGGUCCUUGAUUCAGUACGCAUAUACAGGCCGCCUUGAAUUAAAAGAAGAUAAUAUUGAGUGCCUGCUGUCUACAGCUUGCCUCCUUCAGCUUUCACAGGUUGUGGAAGCUUGCUGUAAGUUUUUAAUGAAACAGCUUCACCCAUCCAACUGCCUUGGAAUUCGUUCUUUUGCUGAUGCCCAGGGUUGUACAGAUUUGCAUAAAGUGGCUCACAAUUAUACCAUGGAACAUUUCAUGGAAGUAAUUCGAAACCAGGAAUUUGUAUUAUUACCAGCCAGUGAAAUCGCAAAGCUCUUGGCAAGUGAUGACAUGAACAUUCCUAACGAGGAGACAAUACUGAAUGCACUUCUUACUUGGGUCCGUCAUGAUCUAGAACAGAGACGGAAAGAUCUCAGUAAACUUUUGGCUUAUAUUAGGCUACCUCUUCUUGCACCACAGUUCCUGGCAGACAUGGAAAAUAAUGCACUUUUUCGGGAUGAUAUAGAAUGUCAGAAACUUAUUAUGGAAGCAAUGAAGUACCAUUUAUUACCAGAGAGACGACCCAUGUUACAAAGCCCUCGGACAAAACCUAGAAAGUCAACGGUUGGAACAUUAUUUGCAGUUGGAGGAAUGGAUUCAACAAAAGGAGCAACAAGCAUUGAAAAGUAUGAUCUUCGUACAAAUAUGUGGACUCCUGUAGCAAAUAUGAAUGGGAGGAGGCUACAGUUUGGUGUUGCAGUGUUAGAUGACAAACUGUAUGUGGUUGGAGGAAGAGAUGGACUGAAGACUUUGAACACUGUAGAAUGCUACAAUCCCAAAACAAAAACCUGGAGUGUGAUGCCUCCUAUGUCCACCCACAGGCAUGGCCUUGGUGUGGCUGUAUUGGAAGGUCCCAUGUAUGCAGUAGGAGGACAUGAUGGCUGGAGCUAUCUGAAUACAGUGGAGAGAUGGGACCCUCAGGCUCGCCAGUGGAAUUUUGUUGCCACUAUGUCCACCCCCAGGAGCACAGUAGGUGUGGCAGUACUAAGUGGAAAGCUUUAUGCAGUUGGUGGUCGUGAUGGAAGUUCUUGCCUCAAAUCAGUAGAAUGUUUUGAUCCUCAUACUAAUAAAUGGACACUCUGUGCACAAAUGUCAAAAAGGAGAGGGGGAGUAGGAGUAACUACCUGGAAUGGAUUGCUGUACGCAAUUGGAGGACAUGAUGCUCCUGCGUCCAACUUGACUUCCAGACUCUCAGACUGCGUGGAGAGAUAUGAUCCCAAAACAGACACGUGGACUGCAGUGGCAUCUAUGAGCAUCAGCAGAGAUGCAGUGGGGGUCUGUUUACUUGGUGAUAAAUUAUAUGCUGUUGGAGGGUAUGAUGGACAGACUUAUCUUAAUACAGUGGAGGCUUAUGAUCCGCAGACAAAUGAGUGGACCCAGGUUGCUCCACUAUGCCUAGGAAGAGCUGGGGCUUGCGUUGUAACUGUCAAAUUAUAACAUAGUGCUUUGUUUUCUAAAUGAAGAUUUCAUCUGCCUCAUGAAUUUAGUAAAAUUAUCCUCCUACCAAUGGAUACAUUUUUAGCCGAUUUGCAGUGCCACAUUCCUGGGCACAGAAUGCCCAGUCUCAAAGUGAAGAUGGUAAAACAAGGGAGGAACGAGAGGAUGAUCCAGGAUUAAAUCCUACAUUUCUCAGUAAGUCAUUUCUCAGCAAAUCCAGACUACCGCUGGUGGACUGUGAGCAUAUGUUCCUGACAUAACAUAUGAGGACAAAUGCACUGCUCCUCAACAUGACCCAGUGUUAGCUGGGAAUGUCAUUUAUUAAUAAUCAAUCACAUUUUACUCACUUUAUCCAGAUUUCUUUUACUACAGUGCAUAUAUGCCAGAUAACACUUUGAACGUUUGCUUUGUAACUUUAUCGGACAUUAGUUGCCGUAAUUUUUACCCAUUUGCUCAUUUAACCACAACCGCUGCUUUAAUGACAUACUGAACACUAUGCUGAUACUCAGUUUUCGAAAUAGCUGCAUUAUAUAUGCUUUGAUUGUGGAUUUUAUUUCUCAGUUGGCUUAGUCUCAUGAAUAAAGAAAAAUGAGAGUUAAAACAAUAAUGAUCAAAUGAAAACGAAAUGAUCUUUGCGUUCUUUUAAAAUAUUCAUCCUAUUAUAUUUAGAUUCACUAAGAGCUAUGCGUUAUGAUAUUCUCAAAUUGGAACUGAAACAUGGUGUUUUGCAUUAAAUUUAAGAUAUGCAAAAUUAUGGGGGUGCCUGGGUGGCCCAGAUGGUUGAGAGUCUGCCUUCGGCUCAGGUCAUGAUCCCAG